AUGCAAGAAACACAGUUGUCACUGAAACCUGUGCUUGAAGGGUUUGAACAGCUUCCUGGAUACUUAAACCACCACACUGCUGUUAGCACAGCGCAGGAAGGAGGAAUGGGAGGGGAGAAUACAACGUCAUGGACGAAGUUUGUUCUUGCUGGGCUUCAGCAUCAGAAGUCACCCACCACCUUUCUGGUUGUAAUUCUCUUCAUGUCCUGUGUUGCUCUGAUUGGGAACAACCUCCUUCUCGUUCUCAUUAAAACUGACCCUGGCCUUAAGACCCCAAUGUACUUUUUCCUCAGCCAGUUAGCCUUCAUGGACCUCUGCCAAAUCCUCUCCAUUGUUCCCCAAAUGACGGUGAAUUUUGCAACCCAGGCGUAUGGCAUUUCCCUCUAUGGUUGUGUCGUCCAGAUUUCUGUCACUCUGGCCCUGGGAGGAGCAGAAUGCCUCAUUCUGGCUACCAUGUCUUAUGACCGGUACGUGGCUAUUUGCAGGCCUCUGCAAUAUCCAGUCCUCAUGAGGAGAGAAAUCUGUUAUGGGAUGUCAGUGGGAGUCUGGUUUUGGUCUUCUGUACAGGCGUUGACAUGUUCCCUGUAUGUACUGCCUCUUCCCUACUGCAAGUCCAAUGUAAUUGAUCAUUACGUGUGUGAUUAUCCAGCCCUUGUACAGUUGUCCUGCUCGGACACUUCUGCAUUUGAAAAAACAACUUAUCUUGGGGAUUUUCUAGUAUUUCUCCUCCCUCUCUCAGUCAUUUUUUUUUCCUACCUGGCCAUCCUCUUGCAGAUCCUGAGAAAACGCUCCUCUGAGAGAAGCCACAAGGCCUUAGGGACCUGCUUGUCCCAUUUGUGUGUGGUGGGGCUCUUCUAUGGGGCAGCCAUUUUGGUGUAUAUGACACCUGUAUCCACUUAUUCACCACAGAAGGCCAUGAUUAAUACAUUGUUUACUACAAUUGUACCUGCCAUGAUGAACCCUUUUAUAUAUAGCCUGAGGAACCGGGAUGUAUUAGCAGCACUCAGAAAACUCUUUGGAAGACACAUGUUACACAAAUGA